CCGCCUAGAGGAGGAAGGAAAAAACGGUAUGUGGUGAAGUCAAUACUUCAAUCUCGUCUUGAUCGUUGGCAAUCUGGAGACCUUCCCUCUUUGUGGGCUGAUGCUAGAGCUGAUGCUAUCUCUCAUAUGUCUUCCAGUAGCAAGAAACCAUCAAUUGCUCAAAACAAUGCCAGACGUUCUUUAGCCUUGGCACGAGAAGGUCGUUUCCGAGAUGCUAUGCGCGUUUUAGGCUCAUAUGGCUUGGCAGCCUCUGAUGAUAAUGACGCUAUACAUGAACUACAACAACGCCAUCCUUGCCACUCACUCCCUGAAUGGAAUACAGACAUUCCACCAACGAUCACUGUCAAUCAGGAUUCAGUGCUUACUGCCUUACGUGCCUUUCCUAGAGGUUCAAGUCCUGGAGCUUCUCAACUGCAACAUCAGCACCUGAUUGAUGCAAUAGAUGGAACCACAACUCCUUCCUCAAUAGACUGCUUGGAUAGUCUUACUCAAUUCAUUUGUUUCUUGUUAUCGGGUCAUGCUGAUGUUCGCAUAUCUCCUUGGCUGGUUGGGGCACCUUUGACUGCUCUUCGAAAGAAAUCCGGUGGCAUACGGCCUAUUGCAGUUGGUGAAAUUCUGCGACGCCUGGCCAGUAGGCUUUGUUGUAUGGCUGUGAAAUCUACACUGCCGGAAGUCUUUUUGCCAUAUGGCCAGGUUGGUGUUGGUGUACCUGGAGGUGUCGAAGCAGCCAUUCAUGCCCUUUCUGCUCUUCUUGAUGAACAUGGUGACAACGCUGACUUGUGUUGUCUCAAGAUUGAUUUUUCAAACGCUUUUAAUGAAUGCUUUCGCUCCUCUUUCUUGCAUCGCCUACACAGAGAAUUCCCUGCUCUAUUUGGCUGGGCACAAUGGUGCUACCAUUGUGAAGGCUUCCUCAACUUUGGUGAUAUUCUAAUUCCUUCAUCAGGAGGUGUACAACAGGGAGAUCCUUUGGGCCCUCUCUUAUUCUCUCUUGUCAUCAUGGAGUUGAUGGACAGUAUUGGUCCUCUUCCCGACAUCAACAUGAAGCUUUGGUAUCUUGAUGACGGUUCGUUCGUUGGUCCCCGCACUGCAGUUGCUACUCUCCUUAAUGUUCUUGAAAUAAAAGGACCCCUGUUUGGGCUACACCUUAAUACGAGCAAAUGUGAGGUGUUUUGGCCUUCCGGCGAUCAACAGUUUCUUGAUUUCCCUCCUGAAGUUCAACGUAUCACUGAAGUGGCCGGAGGAGCUGAAUUACUGGGUGCACCACUCUGUGGAUCAGACGCUUUCUUUGCCAUGUCAGUUGCUAAAAGGAUUGACAAAAUCAGUGACUGUCAAAAUCGUUUGUCUGAUUUAGAUGACCCCCAGGUGGAAUUACACCUUCUACGUAGUUGCUUGGGUCUCUGUAAACUCAAUCACAUCAUCCGUACAGUUCCAACAAACAAGAUCACCAAGGAGCUGUUGAGAUUUGACGUCAAUUUACGCCACUGCUUGGAAAGCCUGUCUCGUUCCUCCAUUUCUAAUGAAGUUUGGUCACAGGCUACCAGGCCCAUUCGUCUCGGAGGUCUCGGUCUUCGUGAAGCUAGUCGUUCUGCCCCAGCAGCUUUUUUGGGAAGCUGCAACUCAUCUCGUGAUUUGACCAGCAGACUUCUACUGUCAUGUUCUUUGCCUUUCCAUCAGUCAAAUGAAACGUCUCACGUUGAGAGAGAGGAUCAGCAUUCUAUCCACACUUCUUCCAGAUAA